UUUACCAUUAGAAUCCGGUAGCAGCAGACAGCAGCUUCUGGGUUGUACUAGCUACUAGGUUAAAUCCAUCCAUGAACACGCAAUUUCUCACCGUUGAUUUUCCUCUUCACCUCUGAUUCGCUGACCACCGUUACCCUCAUGAAGUAACCACCUCCCGCCACCUGUUCAUCCCGUCACGGCGGGUCCCAAGGCCAAGAUCUCUGGAAGAAACGACAAAACUCCAUUGCCCAUUUCAUAGAUCUUAAAACACAUGUUUUACGUUUAUGUUCAUCACAAAUUUAUUUGAUGAUGUUUUUUAUUAUGACCCUUUUUGUUCUUUUGACUUGAUUAACAAAACUAUCGAAGCAUUUAUUGUAACGAGGUCUUAUCCUUAGAAUUAGAACUAUGUCGUCCGCUAGGCGCAGAAAGGCACCCGGCGGCUCCAGACCUCGGAACGAAGACGACUCCUCCACUCAGAUUGAUAAAGAAGAUGGCAACAAGAAGGAUAGACCCAAGAGAAAGCAGAAUGAAGAUCACUCUCAGAUUGAAAAAGAAAAUGCGAAGAAAGACAGACCCAAGAGAAAUCAAGACCAAGACGACAACGCCCAUCCAAACAAAUGGUCCUGCGUCAAUACCUGUUGUUGGUUUAUUGGCUUCAUAUGCUCCAUGUGGUGGUUUUUAUUAUUUCUAUACAACGCAGUGCCGCCAUCCUUCCCUCAAUACGUCACGGAGGCCAUCACGGGGCCAUUGCCGGAUCCGCCAGGCGUUAAAUUGAGAAAGGAGGGCUUGACGUCGAGGCACCCUGUGGUGUUCGUGCCCGGAAUUGUCACCGGCGGCCUCGAGCUUUGGGAAGGCCAUCAAUGCGCCGAAGGGUUGUUUAGGAAGAGACUAUGGGGCGGUUCAUUUGGGGAAUUGUAUAAAAGACCGUUAUGUUGGGUUGAGCACAUGUCACUUGAUAAUGAAACUGGACUGGACUCUCCUGGUAUAAGGGUCAGGCCUGUAUCUGGACUCGUGGCAGCGGAUUACUUUGCAGCUGGCUACUUUGUCUGGGCUGUAUUAAUUGCUAAUUUGGCUCGCAUUGGGUAUGAGGAAAAAAACAUGUAUAUGGCUGCAUAUGAUUGGAGACUUUCAUUUCAGAACACUGAGGUGAGAGACCAGACACUAAGUAGGAUAAAGAGUUACGUAGAACUCAUGGUAGCUACCAGUGGAAAAAAAGCUGUUAUUAUUCCACAUUCAAUGGGGGUCCUAUAUUUUCUGCAUUUUAUGAAAUGGGUUGAGGCACCAAUGCCCAUGGGUGGUGGUGGCGGAUCAGAUUGGUGUGCCAGACAUAUAAAGGCAGUUAUGAAUAUUGGAGGACCCUUUUUAGGUGUUCCAAAAGCAGUUGCAGGGCUAUUCUCUAUUGAAGCCAAAGACAUUGCAAUGGCCAGGGCUUUUGCACCAGGUGUCUUGGAUAAGGAUGUAUUUGGUCUUCAAACUCUACAACAUAUGAUGCGAAUGACACGUACAUGGGAUUCAACCAUGUCAAUGAUUCCAAAAGGCGGGGAUGCUAUAUGGGGUGGUCUUGAUUGGUCACCUGAAGAAACCGAUAAAUGUAGUAAGAAGCCAAAGAACAAUGUUUCAAACAUUGCAGGCCAAAAUGGGAAUGAGAAUUCAGUCAAAAUGAAAAAAGUGAAGUAUGGGAGAAUUAUAUCAUUUGGAAAAGAUGUGGCUGAAGCACCUUCCUCCAAGAUCAAGAGGGUGGAUUUUAGGGAUGCUGUUAAGGGUAAUAACCUUACGAACAGGAGCAAAUGUGAUGUGUGGACAGAAUACCAUGAGAUGGGCUUUGAAGGAAUCAAAGCUAUUGCAGAUUACAAAGUUUACACAGCUGGAUCAAUAUUGGAUCUCCUCCAUUUUGUUGCCCCAAAGCUGAUGUCACGGGGAAGUGCUCAUUUUUCGCAUGGAAUAGCUGAUAAUUUGAAUGACCCAAAAUAUGAACACUACAAAUAUUGGUCAAAUCCCUUGGAAAGCAGGUUGCCAAAUGCUCCGGACAUGGAAAUUUAUUCGAUGUAUGGGGUUGGAAUCCCUACGGAACGAGCAUAUGUCUACAAAUUGACUCCUGCUUCUGAGUGUUAUAUUCCCUUUCAAAUAGAUACCUCGGCCGAUGGUGGAAAUGACGACCCAUGUCUAAAAGGUGGAGUUUUCUCUGCCAAUGGAGAUGAGACUGUUCCUGUCUUGAGUGCUGGUUUCAUGUGUGCAAAAGGUUGGCGUGGUAAAACUCGAUUCAAUCCUUCAGGAAUUCGCACUUACAUAAGGGAAUAUGAUCAUGCCCCACCUGCUAAUCUUCUGGAAGGGCGGGGCACUCAGAGUGGUGCACAUGUUGAUAUAAUGGGGAACUUUGCAUUGAUUGAGGAUAUACUACGAGUUGCAGCAGGGGCUAGCGGAGAGGACUUAGGUGGAGACCGAGUUUAUUCUGAUAUCUUCAAAAUGUCGGAAAACAUUGACUUAAAGCUUUAAAUUCAAAAGGUAAUAGUUGUGGUGGUGAUAGAACCAAUGCUUUGAUUUUGGGUCAGGAUUGACGUUCAAGAAAUAAGCGGUGGUGGGCGUGAAAAUUCAAAUUCAAAUUCAAAUUCAAAUUCAAAUUCAAAUUCAAGUCAAUUACUGUCACAAAUGGGUAGAGAUUUUUGUUGUUGUAUUCUAAAUCUUUACUUGUCUGGGAAA